AUGAGGUUCCUUGCCCGUUGUUACCUCCGCACCUCGGCCAAUGGCGUGGCACUUGAUCGUCGCUGUGGCCAAUCCUGUCGCCAGUUUUCGUGCCGACUGCCGACCGAUCGCCGAUCCGAGACCCACGGCCGGCUUUGCGCCCAGAUUUAAGCUUCUUCCUUGUUAGACAGGAUCUCCAGCCUCUUGAACGUUGUGUAUCCUUUUGACAGUUCGCACGGUAACAUCCACGCCGCGUUCCAACGGACUCUCUGCGAGGAUUCUUGGUCCUUCAAGUAGGACUCUCGUUCGAAAAUUACGGAAGCAAAACGAUGGCCGCGAGGUCUACGAUCCUGGUGUUGCUGACCACCGUCGUCGUCGCGGUGUCAUCGGCUGGAUUUCUUGAGACGCUGCUCUCAUGGGACCUACCGGACGCCGUGGGGAGAUCCUCGACACCGCAGUCCCAAUGUUUGUGCCAGACCUCAAAUUGUUUGUGCUGCGUCGAUCUAAAUCUAACGGCGACGAUCGAUUUGGGCGGUGCUGCUUGCAUCAACGUCAAACAGAAGGAUCAAAACGUUUCGUUGAAUUUGAGCUACGGUGACAAUCCUGUCCACAAUGCCACUAUAAAAAUUGCCGACGCAGCGAACAAACCGACGUGCAUGAAUCUUCUGUCGGAUCUAGCGCAGAUAUGCGCGAAAUUUACCUCGAUCAAACAAACCGAUGCUGGUUACGAUGGUUGUCUGGUAAUAGAGCCUGCAUUGCUGGGUACACCGCAAGCCACCUAUCACAUGGGAUGCUUCAAUUUCAAUCAAGUCGUGCGGCAAAUUCAAGUGUCUGCCAUCACGGAAAGCACAGAGGCUACAGAGAGCACGGAGGAGGUGGAGGAGGAGGAGGAAACUCUAAACACCGAGGAACUGAUAGCGGCGGUGACCGCGAGCGCGGAGCAGGGUAUAGCUCUUUUCUCCCAGUGGCUGGGUCUCAACCUAAAUCCGAAGCUGAACUUGACCAGCAAACACAACAACAAUCAAGCAAUCGAUCAACGAGCCGUUGCGUCCACGACAUCGAGAUCGGCUCGCACUCACUGGGACCAAGAGGAGAAGAACGAGGAACGGUUCAAGCAAUUACUUAGUGCUCAGGAUAACGUUUUGAAGGGUUCGGCGACGAUCGGUCGAUCGAUCGGGGCCGAAACGACUUUCGUUUACUCGAAACCACUGGACUUAUUAUCGGAUAAAGAUUCGGUCGAAAAAAGGCUCGACGAGUCCAAGAUCGUUCCCCAACAUCUGGUCGUGGUACCGAAAGAAUCUAGGCGGGGUGGUAGGGCGUACAACAUACAUCAACACGUAAACGAGAUUUAAGAGAGUUCGUUUUCUUUGAACGCGACAACCUCGAGCCAACAUGAAAAUCGAAUAUGUUCGUAGAGAUUAGGGUAUCGCACGUACACAUUCUAUUCCCAUCGUCACUGAGUCGGAUCUAACAUCGUUGUGUCUCUCUUGUUUUACUACUACAUACAUACAAUAGAGUUCGGACGCGAUCAACCCGAAUCGAAUAUUAUGUCCCUUUCAGCUCCAGACAGAAUGAUCUCUCGUUAUUGUGAUCGU